CUGCCCACUGCCCAGGUUCUUCUUCCGCCUCGCUGCUCGCUCUAGCGGCACGGCACGGCACAGCAGCAGCACUGAGCGGGGCAGAGUGCGCAUGCGCCGGACGUGCGGUCUGACCCCCGUUCCCUCACAGCCUCUUCGCUCCCCGCUGCCAUUUCCGUCUCCGUGCUCCCAGCAGGCUGAGCGGCGCCGUUCGGCCUGUCUUCUCUUAUCCCUCUCAUCUGGUAGUGUGUUGCCGUGCUGCGUCACGAUCGCUCCCGGAGCUCGGGACCGGCGGCGGCCGCAGUGGUGGAAGAAGAGAAAGAGGAGGAGGGGGAAGAAGGAGGAGCCGCGGCGGCAGCUGCCCGGGGAGGCGGCUAAAGACGGCGGUUUUCGCCGUGCUCGACCGGUCGGUCGGUCCGCGGCACUGGGAGACGCCGCAGAGCUCCCAGGAGCGGCCACCAGACAAACAGCGGUCACGGCACGGGACUCUGUUGCCGGCGGCGUCCGCCGCCGCUACCGAGCAAAGAUUGGUAAGAAAAAGAACAAGAUGUCAAAAAUCCGACGGAAGGUUACAGUAGAAAAUACCAAAACCAUAUCGGAUAGCACAUCACGUAGACCAAGUGUUUUUGAGAGGCUUGGACCUAGCACAGGGAAUAGCGCAGAGACACAAUGUCGUAAUUGGAUGAAGACUGGGAACUGUAUAUAUGGUAACACCUGUAGGUUUAUACAUGGCCCUUCACCCAGAGGAAAAGGCUAUAGUAGUUCCUACAGAAGGUCACCAGAAAGACCCACUGGAGAUUUACGAGAGAGAAUGAGAAAAAGACGCCAGGAAGUUGAGUCUGAGCAACAGAAACGCCCUGACGAACAAACGUCCCCUUCUAGGAAAGAGUCUUCCAGGCAUAGAGAAAAGGAAGAUAUUAAAAUUACUAAAGAAAGAACUCCAGAAAGUGACGAGGAAACUGCUGAAUGGGAAACUACUAGAGAUGAUUCAGAUAAUGGUGAUGUUAAUUAUGACUAUGACCAUGAAUUGUCUCUGGAAAUGAAGCGUCAGAAGAUCCAGCGAGAAUUAAUGAAAUUGGAGCAGGAGAAUAUGGAAAAACGAGAAGAGAUUAUAAUAAAAAAAGAGAUUUCACUUGAAGUUGUUGCUAAAAUGUCCCCGUCUCCAAGUAAAUCGAGCAAGUCUCCAAAACGGAAGUCCAGUCCAAAGUCUAGCAAUCCUAUAGGCAAGAAGGAAAAAAAGACAGCUGCAGGAACAUCUCCACCGCCGUCUGAGCUACCCACAAGACAUUCCAAAGGAGCACAGAGCAAAAAAAAAGGACCUCGUACCCCAAGCCCACCUCCCCCUGUACAAGAAGACCUUUUGCCUUUGAAAAAGCACAAGGAUAAACAUAAAACGAAGGAUCGUAUUGAAGAAAGAGCAAAGGAUAUAAAAGAGAGAGGCAGAGAAGUUGAGAAACACAGAGAGAAAAAAGAAAGGCAGAGGGAUCCAUCUGAGGGCUCCCAUAGGCAAAAAAGGUCUCUAAGUCCAAAUGAACGCUCUGGAAGUAACUCUUCCCAUUCAAGAGAUUAUUCUCCUCCAGCAUCUCGGAGAAGGCCUCCAUCUUCUCCAGUACCUGUCAAAUCAUCAUCUCACAAACAUGCGAUCUCACCUUCCCGAAGGUCUGUGUCUCCUGCACAUCAUCAUUCCCCCAUGUCCUCUAGACAUCACUCCCCAUCUUCACAAUCUGGAUCAUCUGUGCAUAGACACUCUCCUUCUCCACGUCGCCGAAGAUCACCAUCUCCUCACUAUCAGAGAGCCUCAUCACCAGCUGCCAGACGGUCCUCCUCUCCAUAUGCUACACAUACCUCUUCACCUCAUAGGAGGAGGAGUCCAUCCAAGCAUCGAUCUCCAGUAAGAGAAAAGGGGAGGCACGAGAGAGAGAGAACAUCUGCUUCACAGGACAGACGUCGUGACAGAAGGGAUGACAGCAAGGGACGAAAGGACAAAGAAAGAGAACGAGAUGAUAGAGAUCAUGAUAGAGAACCAAGUGGCUCCAGAGACCACAGAGAUGACAGAGAAUCUCGCGAAGGUCGUGAUCGCCGAGACAUAAGAGAUAACCGUGACAGGAGAGAACCUAGGGAUGCCAGGGAAAGUCGUGAGACUAGGGAUACCCGGGACUAUAGAGACAGUAAAGAAAACCGGGAGCAAAAAGAUUCACGCUCUACUCGUGACAAUCUCGAUCACAGAGAAAGGGACAACCGUGAAUCCCACAGAAAAGAUGAUCAGUACGAUGACCGUAGCUACAGCCGAAGUCAUGGAAAAGAUGAGACUUCACGAACUGAAACAAGAAAUGACUCUAGAAAUGACAAUCGCAAUGAAUCCAGAAGUGACGUCCGGAAUGAUCGUAAUGGCCGGGCUAGAGGGCGUGCUCCAGAGCCUCCCGAAAAAGUUGGUCGGGGGACGAGAGGUUCUCAGGUGGAUAGCCAUAGCAGCAGCAGCUACCACGACAACUGGGAUUCAAGGAGCAGUUUUACAGACCGAGAACGAUAUGAUAACCGGGAACAGGGUAGAGAUUCUUCAUUUGAUCAUAGACACGGGGAUCGAGAUCGUCGGGAGAGAGAUCAGAGACCAACAUCUCCUGCACCGCAUCGGGGAAGAAAUGACGAUGAACGAGAAGAAAGGCGAGAUGAGCGCAGAGUGGAUCGAUCAGAUGAUAGGAGAGAUGACAGAGUCAGAGAGCGUGAGCGAGAACGGGAGAGAGAGCGAGAAAGAGAACAAAGGGAGAGGGAAAAAGAACGUGAAUCUGAAAGAGAGAGAGCUCGUGAACGGGAGAGAGAAAAAGAGAGAGAACGAGAGCGUGAAAGGGAGAGGGAAAGGGAAGAGCGGGAACGUGAACGAGAGCGUGAAAGGGAACGAGAUCGUGAAAGGGAGCGUGAAAGAGAGCGAGAACGCGAGCGAGGCAGAGAGCGUGAGCGUCCAAGAGACUGGGAGGAAAAAGACAAAGGAAGAGAAGAUCGCAGAGACAAAAGGGAGGAUGUACGGGAAGAAAAAAAUCCAAAAGAACUACAGGACGAUAGAAAAGCUAAGAAGCGACACAGAAACGAAAGCAGCCCAAGCCCGCGUCCAUCCCCAAAACGCAGAAGAGAUCAUUCUCCUGAGAGUGAUACUUAUAACAGCGGUGAUGAGAAGAAUGAGAAACACAGGCUUCUAAGUCAGGUUGUCAGACCACAGGAUUCUCGUUCUCUAAGCCCUACACACACAACAGAAGAAAGGCAGACUCGUUGGAAGGAGGAAGAACGAAAGACUGAUAGGAAAGAUGGAUCAAGGCGUUAUGAAGAGCCAGAAACUAAAGAGCGAGUGUGUACUAUAGAAAAACAGAAGGAACACUUAAUAGAGCCUGAUAGUUCAAAGACAAAAGAUGUUGAUAGCACGAUUCAACAUAAACCAGAGGAAAGGGAGAUUACUGACAAAUUGCAUGAGGAUAAAACCAAGAAGAAAAUGCUGAAGAAAACUGCAAAGAAAAAGAAAGAGGAAGAAACUGUAGUUGAAAAAAUUGCUACAGAGCCUCCACAAGAAGAAAUUAAAGUAUUUUCACCCAAGAAGGUGCAAAAAAAGAAAACUUUAGAGAAAAAGCGAAAGAAAGGGGAUUCUGAUGUGUCUGAUGAAGAAGUUGUCCAACAUAGUAAGAAAAAGAAAGGCCCUAGGACACCUCCAGCUAUAGUUGCUCCAGUGACCACUGUCGCAAUUAUCAAAGAAGAAAUUCCAGAGGUGUUACCAGAGAAAGUAGUGGUCGAAACAGUCCAAGAAAAAGAAACCACAUUCAGUGACUGGUCAGAUGAAGACGUCCCUGAAAGAGGAGAAUCUUUAAUUCCAGACCGAACCGCAGAAGAAGCCAUCAAAAAGCCCUCCAAGGUUAAAACGGAGAAAGAAGAUCCACGACCUUUGAUAGUGGAUGAGCCGCCUGCACGCAAGCUACCUGAACAGAAACGCAGCAGCAGCAUCUCUAGCAACCAGAGUCGUACAUCCAGUCGCCUGCGGUCACCUUCCAUCGAUUCUGUUCACCGAAGCGAAGAUCAAACUGCAAGGAAAAGAAUACUGCAUGGCAGCUCCAGAGAGAGAGAACGAAAUAAAAGCAUUGAGCCCCCUGGAGAGCGCAAAUCUAGAAUCGAUCAACUGAAAAGAGGAGAACCUAGUCGCAGCACUUCAUCAGGACAUGCAGUCGGGUUGCAGCCACAAAUCCCAACACGGCAUACAGAUUGUAGAGACUCCAGGAGUGGCUCCAGAAGAAGUUCACCAGAAUCAGAUCGUCAAGUACAUUCCAGAUCUGGGUCAUUUGACAGCCGGGAAAGAGCACCUGAAAGAGAACGUUAUGAACAAGAGAGGGAGCGUGAGAAGGACAGAGAGCGUGAGAGGAGAGAUGUAAGACAGCGAGAUUGGGACAGAGAAGCUGAUAAAGACUGGCCAAGGAAUAGAGAGCGAAUAAGAGACCGGGAGAGAGACAGGGAAAGGGACAGGAGGAGAGACUUUGAAAGAGAAAAAUUGAUCCCUGAUAAUCUAGAAAAAGAACGAGUCAGACUUCUUGAUGUCCCAUCAAUAGUAGAGCAAAAACGUAGUGACCCAAAGGAGAGAGAGACUGACAAAGGUUAUGAUAACGCCAGUCGAAACACCACUACUUUGGAGAGAUUAGAGAAAGACACAGAAAACCUUCAAGACCUGAUCACUAGCCGGAAAGUAGAAAAAGCUGAAAGCUCAGAUGGUGCAGAAGAGGAGCUUUCCAAACUUGAAGAUGUUCAGUCUGCGGACUCUGGUGCUGGGGAAGAGUAUGAGCCAAUCAGUGAUGAUGAGCUUGAUGAGAUUCUAGCGGAUUCAGCUGAAAAGAAGGAAGACCAGCAGGAUGAUGAAAAGAUAUCUGAUCCUCUGGAUGUAAUUGAUGUAGACUGGUCUAGUUUGAUGCCUAAGCAGGUGAAGGAACCACGGGAAUCUGGUGCUGCUCUCUUAAAAUUCACACCUGCGGCUGUGUUACUGCGUGUUGGCAUUUCAAAACGUCUAGCAGGACCUGACCUAUUCCGCAAAGUUAAAGAUACCUGCCAACAAGCUAUAGAAAAGCCUAAUGAAGCUGAAAAUUUGUUUGAACAUGAGCUGGGAGCAUUGAACAUGGCUGCCCUGUUAAGAAGGCAAGAGCGAGCCGGCUUACUGAGUAAUCUUGGGCCAUGUUGUAAAGCUCUGUGUUCUAGAAGAGACUUGGCAAUCCGCAAGCAACUUGUACAAAAUGAGAAGGGUACUGUGAAACAGACUUACUCCAAUCCUCCACUGGUUGACAGUGAACUACUGAGGUUAAGCUUACGUCUUUUUAAGCGAAAAACAUCUGGAUUAAGCCAGGAAAAGGCUGAUUGCAAACUUUCUGUAACAAACAAGCAGCCUGAACCUUGUGCUUCUUAAAUCCUGAAAUGACUGAUUUAUUAUCCUUAUAUUAUGACCUUUUGUUUUGCAAAAAUUGUGCCACAACUUUGUUUUUAUCUUUCUUGAUCUGUUUCAUGGCUCUUGUAAAGUAAAAUAUAUACAUGUUUUAUAAUAA